AUGUCAUAUACUCGACGCUUGUGGAAGCCCCUCGUGGCUACUACAGCUGGUGGCAUCGUUGGCCUCGGCUCCUUUUUUGUGUUCACGCGUCACGCCAUUUUGGUCCCCAUCGAGCCAACAGACCGCAUUAAUCAAGUCGUGCAAAAUGGCAAUUUCAAUCCCCAUCGUAAUCCCGUCGUGGAAGACAAGUUCGUGCGCAGAAUCCCACUCGAUCAGAUCAACCCACGUCUGCUAGAAAACCCACAGAAAUUGAAUGAGAGCUUCUACGCUGGGGUUUGGAGUGGCCCAGGUAUGAGCGCCCCAUUUUCCAUAUGCCGAUCCCUGUUGCCGGAUGAGCGCGGUCUGACAAUUGCAGGUUUCUCCAUUCAAAGAACUCUCUCUCGAAUCGUUUCAUCUGAUGACCCAAGUACACCCAAAUUAUGGUCGCGCGACGAGUUGGCAGCUUCUACAUACGAGCAAGGAACUUGGAUCACCAGCUCACUUGAGGUGUAUGAGAAGACACCAGAAGCCAUCGUUAUACGUGGGGGCGAUACCGAGAUAAAGGAUGGGCUGAAGGGUCUAGAUGCUUUCAUGGAGCUCUCAAGUGCAAUUAAGAAGGAGGAAGGAGUUGUGGAAUUCGGGCUGAGAUCGAUUUUCUUCACUGGAACAGAUGCAACAGGCACACCAGCUUUGCCUGGAUUCGCCGUGUGGCUUCACCUCCAGUAUGCGAAGCUGCUUUUGGUGACAGGCACAGCCCAUUUUGGUCGCCAAUAG